AUGUUCAAUUCGUACCCGUUCAUGCGCAGCUACUCCGGAGCCCACUAUGACGACGACGACUUCACCACGGCGGACAUGGCUGACAGCAGCUCCGAGUGCCGCUCCGACGGCAUCUCCGACAGAGGAGCGUCGAAUGUAAAUGAGGCGCAGUGUGGGAUGUUCGAUUCGUACUCGUUCAUGUGCAGCUAUUCCAGAGCCUACUAUGAGGACGACGACUUCACCGCGGCGGACUUGUGCUGCUCGCGUGCCCUGGCUGCGCUCCAGCGCUCCAUGAGCUGGUCGCGGCAGCUGUGGAUCUCGGCGACAUUCGUGGCCGUUACCUGCGAGGUUGCAGUGUACCGGCUCUUGGGCCAGAGCGAGUCCCCUCUCAUCGUUGCAGCCCCGGAGAGAGUGCUGGGACAUGCCGCGUGGGACGUGCUCGCGAUUCUGAUCCAGGUGCCGCUGUCGCAGGGGGCCCUCGACUGGACCGACGAGGACCGCGCCGACGUGGCGUUCCUCUCGCAGGUGCAGGGGUGCUGUGCGCGGCUGGUGGAGGAGGGCGCCCGUGCGCUGCGCACGCUGCUGGAGGGCACCGACGGACUCGUCAAGUGGGAGGCGCUCGGGAAGAGCAUCGUGAAGGAGAUCGCUGCCGCGGAGCAGGCCCUCAGGCGAGCCGAGGAGCUGGGCGCCAAGUGCGAGGCGCUCUGGGCGGAGCACGAGGAGCCCUGCCGCGCCCGGCUCCAGCCGGGCGCCGCCGCCCAGGGCGCUGCCAAGCCCGCCAAGGCCGUCGACCUCUGGGCCUCGGAGGUGCUGUACCGGCGCGGCGUGGCGGCCUUCGAGCGCGCCGUCGCGAAGUGCGUCGCCCUGGUCACGGCGCUCCGCCGCGAGAUGGCCGGCGUCUCCGAGCAGCACCGCGGCCGCGCGCGCGGGCGCGCGGCCGAGACCUUCGGCAGCGUGGCGCAGGCGCUGCGGCCGCCGGCGCCCGCCGAGGGCGGCAGCCCCCGCGGGGAGCUGCCGCGGCUGCCCGGGCUGCCGGCCGCGGCCGGCGGCCCGCCGCCGCCGCGGCGCGGCGGCCACGGCAAGGGCGGCCCCGCGCCGCCCGGGCAGGCCCGAGGCGGCGAGGAGCUCGCGAACCCUUCCUUCCCGGCGCUGCCGCCCUCGAUCUUCGUGCAGUGCCAGGGGCCGAUGAGGCGGCCGCCCAAGGGCCCGGAGCUGCUGCGCUCCUGGCGGCCCUGCCACCUGGUGCUGACCACGGACGGGCACGUGCACUGCUUCAACGAGAUUGGAGACGUCGGCGCGAGGGACGCGCUGUGGAGAGCGCGCCCCGGGCGGGGCGCGGCGCUGACGGUGGAGCUGAAUCAGGGCGUCUCGGGGAUGUCGAGGGCGCGGCUGCACUUCUUGCAGGCGGGCGCCUGGCCCCUGCGGAGGCAACGUCGGCGCACCGUGGAGGCCUCCAACCAGGAGCACCUGGCGGCCUGGGAGGGGGCGCUGCGCCUCUGGUGGUCGGACGAGCAGGCCGCGGGCGCUCCCGCGGGCUCGCGUCCGCAGUCAUUUGUGGCUCAAGCCAAGCUGGGUCGGCAGCUGCGCGCGGAGCGAGGCCAGGGCCAGGGGCCGAUUUGUGCUGCAGCGCGCGCGCUCGGCCGGACCAUGGGCAUCACCGAGCUCAUCGACUCGCGCGCCCCGAACAGGUACAAGCAGUACUACCUGAACUAUGCCCAGCUCAAGAGCCUCGUGCUGGAGCUGGCAGAGGACGCCUCGCCGCCGCGGAGCCAGUUCAUCUCCGCCGAGCUCAUGGACCUCGGCGGCAGGCCGGUGGGCCGGUUCCAGGAGAUGCUGCAGGCGGAGCUGAGCAAGGUCAACCAGUUCGCCUGCGUGAAGCACGAGUCGCUCUUCCUCGACCUCCGCCGGUGCUGCGAGGACUGCAAGCGCAUCAAGCCAGAGGAUCUGGAGGCGACGGCCAGCCGCAUCGAGCAGCUCGGCGAGGAGAUCUGUCACCUGGACACGUUCGUGAGGCUGAACUACCAGGCCUUUCAGAAGCUCACGCAGAAGUUCGACUCGUGCCUCGGCGUCAGCGGCAGCGCGCUCUUCGUGGCCGGCCUGCACUACGAGCCGUUCUGCAACGUCCGCUUCGACGACAUCUGCAUCCUGCUCGGCCUCGCCUGGGCCCGCUGGCGCAGCUCGCAGAUGGCGGAGCAGAGCAAGGACGCCACGUGGAAGCCUCCGGAGAGCUUCAUCCGCAACACCGCGAAGUAUUGGGUGCACCCGGACAAGGUCGUGCUGCUGAAGAGCCGCAUCGUGAAGCACCUGCCCUACCUCAUCUUCGGCGCCAGCGAGAAGGAGCAGGAGAAGCUCCUCGACCCCUUCGCGCUGCUCGACCUCGAGUACGAGGGCUUCGAGCGUCAGUCCGCCGCGAACGCGUACUCUGGCAAUAUGGAGGAGGCGCAGAUCCUCAACUCGGUCUACUUCGACAGCCCAGACGCGUCGUCCUACCGGGAGCGCAUCCGCCGCGAGGAGGGUGCGCGCCUGGUGCGCUUCCGGUGGUACGGCGAGAACAACUGGGAGCCGGACAAGGAGAUCUACGUCGAGAGGAAGAUCCAUCACGAGGGUUUCUCCGGCGCGAGCUCUGCGAAGGAGCGCUGUAUCGUCCCGCAGAAGGACAUCUUCGAGUUCAUGAAGGGCAGGUUUCCCAUCGAGGAGUACUUCGCGCGGCUGAAGGCCGAAGGCGCCGCCUCGGACAAGGCCCUGAAGAACAUGAAGGGCAUCGCCAACGAGGUGAACACGAUGAUCCAGGAGAGGAAGCUCCAGCCCAUGAUCCGGACGUCCUACUACCGCUCCGCGUUCCAGCUUUCGACGAGCAACGAGGUGCGCAUCUCGCUCGACACGCAGAUGACGCUGCUCAACGAGUACCGCGAGGAGGGGCACCCAGUCGAGCCCUGGUGCCUGCAGGGCUCCGAGUACCUGACCAAGGACAAGGUCUACCGGUUCCCUUUUGCCAUCCUCGAGGUCAAGCUGACUGGCACGCCGGAGACGCCGCCGUGGCUGCGCCAGACGCUGGCGGACAUCGAGGCGAUCCAGGUGCACAAGUUCUCGAAGUUCCAGCACGCCAUGGCGUUCCUGCACCCCCAGCGGGUCCCGAUCCUGCCGCACUGGCACCAGGACUUCCUGGUCUGGCACGAGAAGCGCAUGGAGGAGCAGCGCAACGUCUCCCAGCGGCGCACCGUUUCGCAGGCGCGGUCCUGGCUCAGCAGCAGCAAGGAGUCGUACGACGACCUGACGGUUCCCAAGAUGAGGACGGCCACCCCGGCGCCCGGGGGUGAAGGACACCUGCUGAAGGACAUGCAGAACCUCGAUCCGAAGGCCGUGUUCGCCAACGAGCGCACCCUGCUCCACUACGUCGAGAAGGGCAUCUACUCGUCCGUCCUGGGCGUGGUCCUUCUGAAGCAGGACUCGGCCACGUACAGGUGCCUGGGAGGCUCGCUCGUGGUCGCCUCGGUGGCCUACCUCAUCUGGUGCCUCGUCGUGUACCAGGAUCGCCUGGCGCGCAUCACGGGCCGCACGGCGGUCGGGAAGGACAGGAGCAUGCGCCUGUACCUUGCCCAGGGCCCCUACGUCGUGGGCUCGCUCGUGGCUCUGGUGCUCGCGAUCUCGUUCGCCCUGCAGACGGUCUCUGGCCAGCGGGUCGACUUCAAGUUUCGCUGA